CAUUGUUGUUAACAACAAAAAGAAAAGAAAAUAACACCAAAAAAGUGGCCAUUGGCAGCCUGUAUUUCCAACAUCAUUAUUUUUACCCUUAAUUAUCAAUAACACACCAAUAAAAAUAUUCCCUUUUUCCCCUUUCAAGAACCCUAAACCAAUUUUCCCUUCUUAUGGUUUUUUCCACCCCCUUUUGUACUUUCUUGAAAAUACCCAUCAAUUCUUAACCUUCCCAAUUUUGGAAUUUCACUUUAAAAUUUCAAUUUUGGGUUAAAAAGAAAAAAACCCUUUUCUUGAUUUUGUGUAAUUAUGGUGGAAAAUGGUGUGAAUUUUGGGUGAAAUUUUGAGUUUUGAGGAUUUGGGUGUUUUCUUAACCUUCCAAAGUAUGGAAUUUCACUUUACAAUUUCAAUUUUUGGUUAAAAAAGAAAAAACCCCUUUUCUUGAUUUUGAUGAUUUUGGAGAAAAAUGGUGUGAAUUUUGGGUGAAAUUUUGAGUUUUGAGGAUUUGGGUAUUUUCUUAAACCUUCCAAACUUUGGAAUUUCACUUUACAAUUUCAUUUUUUUGGUUAAAAAGAAAAAAAAAAAAAACCUUUUCUUGAUUUUGAUAAUUUCGGAGAAAAAUGGUGUGAAUUUUGUGUGAAAUUUUGGAUUUUGAGGAUUUGGGUGUUUUCUUAAUUGAUUGAUCUGCCGGUUGAGGAAAUUGUUUGGGUCCUAACCGGCAAUUAGCAAGAAGAAGAGAAAAAGGGGGUGAAAAUUUGCUGGAAAAAUGGCGAAUUUGGACUUGCAAAUGAAUCCACAAAUGGAGCAGAUCCAUGGAGAGAUUAAGGACAAUUUUCGAGCUUUAGCAAAUGGAUUUCAAAAGCUGGAUAAGAUCAAAGAUUCCAACAGACAGAGUAAACAGUUGGAAGAACUUACUGGGAAGAUGAGAGAGUGUAAAAGGUUAGUUAAAGAGUUUGAUCGUGAAAUUAAAGACGAGGAGAGCAAAAAGCCUCCGGAGGUCAACAAACAACUCAACGAUGAGAAGCAAUCAAUGAUCAAAGAGCUGAACUCGUAUGUGGCCUUGAGAAAAACGUAUAUGAGCAGUCUUGGCAAUAAGAGGGUUGAACUAUUUGAUAUGGGAGCGGGUGGAAGUGAACCAACAGCAGAGGAAAAUGUUCAGAUGGCAUCAGCAAUGUCAAAUCAGGAGCUCAUCAGUGCUGGGAACAAAACAAUGGAUGAAACUGAUCAAGCAAUUGAACGCUCCAAACAGGUUGUCCACCAAACAAUUGAAGUGGGAACACAAACUGCUACUACCUUGAAAGGCCAAACUGAUCAAAUGGGUCGUGUUGUCAAUGAGCUUGACACAAUUCAGUUCUCCAUCAAAAAAGCAUCCCAGCUUGUCAAGGAAAUUGGACGGCAGGUUGCCACGGAUAAAUGCAUCAUGCUUUUCCUCUUCCUCAUUGUCUGUGGUGUUAUUGCCAUAAUUGUCGUCAAGAUUGUGAAUCCUCAUAACAAGGAUAUAAGGGAUAUCCCCGGACUGGCACCUCCAGCGCCUGCGAGGAGAUUGCUAUAUCUAAAGCCUGGUCAAGAUUUCAUGUAAAUCUGCAACGACGGAUCCAUCCAAUUUUCUAUAUGGUGCCACUGUAAAGAAGUAUCGUAGGAAUGCUAUUCGUGGAGAGCCUGCUCGUUUACUGUGAUGUCCUCGCCUGAGUUGUGCAUACCGUAUUGGUUCUGUUGUGCAUGUUCUUUUCUUCCCUUUCCCUUUUCUAUUAUGUAAAUCUUACGCGAUAUUUGUCUUGUAUUUUUCGCCUUUUUUUGCUUUCAUUGGUGCUGCAUUGGAUUCAUUCUGUAAACUCUCUUUUGAGUUUUGAGUGUUAGAAGAGUUGCAAGGAGACAAAGAAAACACUCACAUACUAAUAUGCUAUUUCUUCAUGUAUCCAUUGUCCAACAAUGGUGUUUUGAUGUCGAAUUAGACGACUGCGCGAAUGAGUUUCACCUA